GUAAACUACUUACGACUUCAGUUACAGAUUUGCUUAAAAAACACCAGCGUUGUCUAAAUCUACUUGCUUUACCUUAAUGGUCAUUUGCAUCCUAAGAGCAAAUAUACGCACAAAGAAAUCUUCUUGUUAAAAGACUACGUAUCUGAAACACCAAAUUUCUUUUGACUACAUCUUGGCAAGGUGACUAGAUAGGAAGAUGAAGACAAAGACACAUAGUAUACCACGCUUCGCCUUCCCUGUCGUGAUAAUCUUUUCUUUGUGUUGGCAAACAAGUGCAAACCAUACCGAUUAUCCUAGGGUUAUAAGUGAAACCCAGAACCCUAUGAGUCAAAACCUAAGCGGCAGCCAGAACACAACAGAAGCCAAUACAAAUUCUCCUCCGAGCAUCGAUUUCAGCAGCAAAACAACAACUUUUGAAACACAGACAACUACCCUGCAAUCCUCAUCUUCAACAAUGGCCCAAAAUUCAACAUCUUCCCCUGCCAGAAGUGCUGUUUCGGCCACAGAAGGACCUAGGAAUAGCAGCAAACCCAAGAGUACAAUGACAAAAGAAACAUGUGAAGACAGUAAGUCUCUUAUACUGAUUUGCUUCAUUAUAAUAGCAGUACUCGUGCUUAUCUGCACCUUCUUAUUUCUGUCGACAGUCGUAAUAGCAAACAAAAUGUCAUAUCUCAAAAAAACUAAGCAAGGAAAACGUAGGCCCAGGAGCAAUGGUGACGUUCUGGCGACUAACAGUUUAUGGCCAACUGCAGCAGGAACAUGGCAGAGGAUGCCUAAGGAGACAACGGGAACUGACUUGAUAAUGCAGGACUUAAUAUCAGAGAGAGAUGCUGCCCUCCAAAGGAAAACCAAAGAUGAAACUACCGAGAAACUCAUGAAAGAAACAGAUAAUGAACAGGAAAAUCAAGAACCAUCAAAGUCACACAAACCCAUUUUAACCAAUUUUGUAGUUGAGAUUUAAUUCUUACUCAGGUAAAAACUCAUCUUUUGCCUUUUUUACAUCAUUAAUAUAAGGCAAAAACUUAGCUUUCAAGUAACAACAUUAUUUUAACACAGGAAAGCUACAUUCAGAUCUUAGGGGUUUUGCUUUUAUGAUAGUGGGAAUGCUGUAGUAACUUGUAGAUCUAGGAGGAAAUAAGGUUGUGUUAGCUUUCUAUAAAUACUGUCAAGACCAGACUUACUCCUUUGACCAGAAAUUAUGAUGAUAGGAUAAAACAAAAGGACAGAAGUCUGCCCAUUCUCUAACAUCAUUAGGGGAAAAAAAUGAAAGGACUGUUACUCUAAUAAAUAUAUGAUAAGGUGCUACACAGGAAUCACCAAAUUGCUUUUUCAAGAAAAUCAUAAUUCGGUCACAACUUUGAUGCAAUUACUGAAUUGUCCUUCUCAAAAUGCUUUCAGGUUUUUCAAUCAAAAACUUCUUAAACCAGCUUAAUUGCUUUUGAAAUAGAUUGAGAUUUGAAUUAUAUUUAUUGUGUUUUGACUUUGUGUAUGAAUAUAUGAAGUUUGUAUUAUAUGUUAGAAUAUGAGAACUAUUUCAAUUUGUUAUCUCCAAUAAACUAGCAACAUCAGUUUUUAAAUAA